GAUAUUUCUUCUGGUGGGAGCUCCAAAAGCAAACACUACCCAACACAAUAUUGUAGAAGGAGGCCAGGUGCUCAAAUGUAACUGGAAUUCAAACAGAAACUGCCAGCCGAUUGUAUUUGACUCCACAGGCAACAGAGAUUUUGCUCCUGAUGAUCCGCUGGAAUUUAAGUCUCAUCAGUGGUUUGGAGCCUCUGUGAGAUCCAAAAAUGACAAAAUUCUGGCCUGUGCCCCGUUGUACCACUGGAGAACUGAAACAAAACAAGAGCGAGAGCCUGUAGGAACUUGUUACCUGCUUUCUGGAUCUAAAUCUGUGGAAUAUGCACCCUGCAGGUCAACCACUAUCGAUGCAGAUGGACAGGGAUUUUGUCAAGGUGGAUUUAGUAUUGACUUUACAAAGGGAGACAGAGUGCUACUUGGAGGACCUGGAAGUUUUUACUGGCAAGGCCAACUUAUUUCUGAUCGAGUGACAGAGAUUGUGGCUAAAUAUGACUCCAAAGUCUACAGUACAAAGUAUGAUGACCAGUUAGCAACCAGACCUGCCAGUGCUGCUUUUGAUGACAGCUACUUGGGUUAUUCAGUGGCUGUUGGAGACUUCAACGGUGAUGGCAUAGAAGACUUUGUAUCAGGAGUCCCAAGAGCAGCAAGAACUCUGGGCAUGGUGUCUAUUUACAAUGGGAAAAACAUGUCUUCCAUGUUCAACUUCACUGGAGAGCAGAUGGCUGCCUAUUUUGGAUAUUCAGUGGCUGCCACAGAUAUCAAUGGGGACAAUUAUACAGAUUUGUUUAUUGGAGCCCCUCUUUUUAUGGAUCGAGGUUCUGAUGGGAAACUUCAAGAGGUCGGCCAAGUUUCCAUUUGCCUUCAACGAGCCUCUGGAGGGUUUCAGAUCACAAAGCUGAAUGGUUUUGAGAUAUUUGCAAGAUUCAGCAGUUCUGUUGCACCUCUGGGGGAUCUAGAUCAGGAUGGCUUCAAUGAUAUUGCAGUUGCUGCACCAUAUGGUGGAGAGGACAAGAGAGGACUUGUCUAUAUCUACAAUGGAAAAGCAAAUGGUUUGAAUGCAGUCCCAUCUCAAAUUCUUGAAGGGCAGUGGGCUGCUCGCACUAUGCCACCCAGUUUUGGGUACUCGCUGAAAGGAGCCACAGAUGUGGACAAAAAUGGAUAUCCAGACUUGAUUGUUGGAGCCUUUGGUGUUGACACAGCUGUUUUGUAUAGGGCUAGACCAGUUAUUAGAGUGAAUGCUGCCCUGGAAGUUAAUCCAACUAUUCUAAACCCAGAAAACAAAGCCUGUUCACUGUCAGAUGUAAAAGUUUCUUGCUUCAAAGUAAAGUUCUGCUUAAAAGCGGAUGGCAAAGGAAAGCUCCCUAAUUCACUCAAUUUCCAAGUGGAGCUGCUGUUGGAUAAACUUAAGCAGAAAGGAGCUAUAAGGAGAGCUCUUUUUCUCCACAGCAAACAGCCUAGCCACUCUAAGAACAUGACUAUUACAAAGGGGGGCAAAAUGAAUUGUGAAGAACUUGAUGCCUUUUUGAGGGAUGAAUCUGAAUUUAGAGACAAACUAACUCCCAUUACUAUUUUUAUGGAAUAUCGUCUGGAUUACAGAACAGCUGCAGAUGCAACAGGACUGCACCCUAUCCUCAACCAGUUCACUCCUGCUAAUAUGAGCAGACAGGCACAUAUUCUGCUGGAUUGUGGUGAUGAUAAUGUCUGCAAACCAAAGCUGGAGGUUUCAGUAGAAAGUGAUCAGAAGCAGAUCUAUAUUGGUGAUGACAAUCCCUUGACACUAAUUGUCAGUGCUCAGAAUCAAGGGGAAGGAGCCUAUGAAGCAGAACUCUUUGUCAUCGUUCCGCCCCAAGCAGAUUUCAUCGGUGUUGUUCGUAACGACGAGGCUUUAGCAAGACUGUCAUGUGCAUUUAAAACAGAGAAUCAAACUCGCAUGGUAGUUUGUGACCUGGGAAAUCCCAUGAAAGCAGGAACUAAGCUAUUAGCUGGCCUGCGUUUCAGUGUGCACCAGCAGUCUGAAAUGGAUACCUCUGUGAAGUUUGACUUGCAAAUCCGAAG